AUGACGAACCCGAAGGCGUACCGGCUGCAGCUGGUGUCGCUGGGGCCAUUCCACCACGGCGAACCCGCGCUGCAGCCCAUGGAGGCGCACAAGCGCCGCGCGGUGGAGGGCUUGAAUGGCUGCCGAGUCGAGCGUGGUAGAGUAGAGGCACCACUAUCCCCGCCGGCCAUGGCCAACAGCUCUGGUAGCUGCGUGGUGGACAUUGAUAAGACCCUCGCUGAAAACGAAAACGGCAGCGAGCCGCCGGCUUCCGGGGAGGCGGCGGCGCGACCACAGCGAGAGAGGCACUCCAUCUACCGGGUGCCGGAGUACAUGAAGAAGAUGACCAACCCUGACGCGUACCAGCCGCAGCUGGUGGCGCUGGGGCCGUUCCACCACGGCGAACCCGCGCUGCAGCCCAUGGAGGCGCACAAGCGCCGCGCGGUGGAGGGCUUGGUGAACCGGUGUGGGAAGCCAAAGGAGGAGUUCCUGGCUGCCGUGGAGGAGAUAGCUGAGCAGCUGCGGGACGCUUACGAGGACCUGGAUGAGGAGUGGCGCGGAGAACGGUUCGUGGAGCUGAUGGUCACCGACGGCUGCUUCUUGCUAGAGAUAACGAUGAUGUUUCUACUUGGUGGGGACAUAAAUGGUUACGAGCCCGAGGACCCUGUCUACAGUAGGCAUGGCUGCUUAUACUUGGACACUGUCAUCUCAGACAUGCUCGUGAUUGAGAACCAGCUGCCUUUGCUCCUACUCCAAAAGCUCACGUUUGUUGCGGGUCCUGAAACUUUUCCGGAUGAGGAUGGAGAUAUACACCGCCAGGUGAUACAGCUUCUUCUUGCCGAUACCAUCACGCCUACAACACCUGUCAAUGACAUAGGGGUCCAUGCCCUGGACGUUCUUCAAAAAAUUAUAAGUGGUACAUGUCAAAACCUCGAAGGGUCAGUGGAAGGCUCUCCCCACAGGUCUAAAUCCUCUACAGAACUGCAACCACUAGCAGGUGAUUUAGACGUUCGAUCAGACCAACAUGUCAAGCAAUACGAUCAUAGUACUCCGUCUCCUCGGAUGCGGACCGCUGCAGAGCUCCAUGAGGCAGGGAUCCAUUUCAAGGUAAGUACAGGUUUUGGAUUCGCGGAUACAGUCAGCUUCAAAGGACGCGUACUACAUGUCCCAAAGAUCCGGUUGUACGACAACGCUGAGCGCAUGUUCCUCAACCUAAUGGCCUUCGAACGGCUACACCCAGGCGCCGGAAACGACGUGAAUUCGUUUGUGUGGUUUAUGGACGAGCUCAUCAACACAGCCAAAGACGUGCGGUUGCUGAAGUCCAAGGGAAUCAUCGAGCACGGUCUGGGAAGCGACAAGGCAGUGGCGGAUCUGAUCAACAAAACACUGACAAAAGGUGCAGUGAUGGGCUCAUACAGCCUCAACGAAGUGAUAAAAGAGGUGGAUGCCUACUGCAAGAAGCCGUGGAACAGGUGGAGGGCGGACCUCAUACACACCUACUUUAAUAACCCUUGGGUGUUCAUCUCCCUAGUCGCCGCUACUACCCUCGUCAUCACUGCGCUCAUUCAGACCAUCUACAGUGCCUUGUCCUUCAACAAAAAGAGCUGAUUAAACCUUAUAGCAUCAACAUUUGGGCUAACAAUUAUCCCGUAUAUGAAAUUCAUGCUUGUUGAUCCAAAUUAAAGUGAACCAUGUAAUAUUCAGUCUCUAUCUAUCCCUGUCAGUACAUCCUUCAUAGAUCCUCAUCUUAUAUAUUUGUUCACCCUCACUAGUUUGCUUCUGGAAUGUCCCAAACCGUAUGGUUUGAUAUAUUUGUAUGUUCUUGUACUAUUCGACCAUGGAAUAAA